AUGAAGGAAUUGGACGAAGAAACAGAUGAAUCAAUGGAAUCAGUAGAAGGACUUGUUAAGGGAAGAGAAAAAAGAAUAACAGCGGGAAACCGACUUCAAGCACUGCUGAACCAGGAGUUUGAAGCAGAAGGGAUAUUUGACGUAGGAGAUGAUUGUGAUGGUGAUUUUGACAGUGAUCAGCAUCCAUUACAAGAUAUUGAAAUAUCAGAAUCAGAUGAUGAGGAUAAUACAUCUUCAGAAGGACAUGAGGAGCAUAUAAAAAAAAAACCUCCAGAAGCCUUUUAUAAACAUCGUAUACCAAAAGAACCACGUAUAAAGAAGUCUAAGCCUAAAACAUUCACUAUUGUUCAUCCAGACUCUGUUCGUCAUAGUUCUCGUGCAUAUGCUAUUGAGAACAAAAAUAUUAUUGAUCAAAGACUAAAAGAAGCACAAAAAAAAAAGGAAAGACAUAGUCCUUUUAUUAAAAUUAAAGAAAGGCCAAUGACUCAGGAGGAACGUAUUGCAGAAGCUAAGAUUACAGAAGAAAAAAAUAAAACAUUGCUUCAAAGACUGAUUAGGAUGGAAGAAGAGAAAAAAGAAAAUAUAAGGAAUUUAUUAAAAACUAAUAAAACAAUGACAGGACCGUUUAUUCGGUUCUGGUCAAGAGGUACUGAACAAGGUUUGGACGGAAAAUGGAUUUUCCUUGAACCGAAAAACACAAGUGUAAAAGAGGAACGCGUAUACGGAAUUAAACUAUCUGAAAAGGAUGCUAAAAAUACACCAGAAAGCAUGAAUGAUCCAAAAAAUUCUUUAUUAGACACUUCAAAAGAAUUUAUAAAAAAUUUGCAAGACACAACAAAAAAUUCACCACAUAGUUCUCAGGAAGAACAAGAGACACUUAACGAAGAAAGAAAAAUGACAGAAACAGCACUUGAAGAACCAACUAGUGACAUGUUUACAUGUUUUCAUACUGACGAUAAACAGUCGGAUGAGUUUACGGAUAAAAAACUUAAUGAAGCAAACAAAAUACCAUUUCAAGGACCAUCUAUGUUUUCAGCACGAAACUACAUUAUACUUGAAGGUUUUUCUGAACCUUUUGGUGUGAAUGAACAAAAAAACGUUCUUUUUUCAUGCGUUGAUCCACCAGCCGGUAUGUCUCAAUAUCGGUUUAUAUAUCUAACAUUCAAAGAACAAAAAAAACAUCUUUGUUUCAUAACAGGGAAUAUUGCAAAAUACAAAGACCCUGUUUCUGGGCUCUAUUAUAGCAAUCUAUCGGCAUACAAAAUAAUCCAUCAAAUUAUUCACGGAGACAUUUCAUGGAGUCGCCUUGCAGGCACAUUUGUUGGUGUAUUAAAACCUGCACAUGGUGUGCCGCUAGAUUUUUAUGACACAGCACUCUCUUCGGACAAAUAA